AUGGAGGAACUGUAUAGAACAUUAUCAAUGUCAAUUGAUGGAAUAGAACAAUUAAGAAAUGAAUGUAUUCAAAUGGAUGCUGAAUUAGUAAAAUCGAAUGAUACAUUGAGUAAAUGUCAACAAGAAUUGAACGAGUUGAAAAUAGUAGCACACGAAAAUGAAUCUUUGAUGAACAAUAUGCAAUUAAAUCAAGAAUUAUUACAGCAACAGGUGGGUGAUGUGAAAGAUAGUUUACAAUCGACCUCUUACAAUGGUACAUAUCUCUGGGUAGUUGAAGAUGUAAGAAAUUUAAUCGACGCUGCUCAGUCAGAAAGACAAAUAAGUGUUUAUUCACCUCCAUUUUAUUCGUCAAGAAAUGGAUAUAAAAUGUGCAUGAGAUUGUAUUUAAACGGAGAUGGUAAUGCACGUCGAACACAUCUAUCGUUAUUUGUUGUUGUUAUGCGUGGAGAAUAUGAUGCUGUAUUAAAAUGGCCAUUUUCAUACAAAAUUACAUUUUGUUUGUUUGAUCAGUCCGGUCAGCAACGACACAUUAUCGAUUCGUUUCGACCGAACGUAAAAUCGAAUUCAUUCGAACAACCUCAAACACAAAUGAACAUAGCAUCCGGUAUUCCAAAAUUUUUUCCCCUGUCAAUGUUACAACAGGAUGAGAAUAGUUAUGUUAAAAAUGAUACAAUAUUUAUUCAAUGUAUAGUUGAUUUCAAUGACAUGCCAAAAACGGUUUUACCGUAUAGAUUAAGCCUGAAUCCAGGACUACCUGAGCAUGUUCAACAAUCAAUGAUAAAAGCAGAAAUUAUUCGUCGACAACAUCCUGAUGUGCCAGUAGAUAAAAAAGAAGGCUGA